CUUUGAGCUGGCUGGGCGAAGUGGCGGAGCCACGGCUGCCCGCGCCAGCCGGCUCGGGACUGGGCGUGGGGAAAGGGGCUGGCGCGCCAGAGAGCCGCAGAUCCAGCCACCCCUGGGGCGGUGGCUGCGCCGGGGAUUAGCCGCCUGGGCAGCGCCUCGCCCUCCAACCAGAGCAGAGUUUGCGGAGAGCGGCGAGCGAGCCGCGCAUUGCAAUCCGGCAGCCCCAGCUGGGAGCGGAGCCGGCGGCGGCUGCUGCGGGGGGGUCCGUUAGAAACUAGCAAUUCUCCCCUCCCCGCGCCCCGAAAAUUGCCCCAGCCCCCUGCUCUGCCGGGGGAGGGGCGGAGGGGUGGCAGCGAGGCCGCUCUCCGCCCGGAGCAGGGGAUCGCUCUCUCCAGAUGCCGCUUUCUGGAGCGCUUGGCAGGCGCCAGGCAGGAGCCCGGAGGCGGCGGCCGUAGCAGCGAUGGGAGCCGGCUGCUGAGGGGCGCCCGGCCGAGCGGAGCCCGGGCAGGUGGCACCCGCGGCGGGGGGCCCAUGCGGUGACAGCGCCGGGCCGCGGGUGCCCCCCGGGUGCAGUUGCGGCUGGAGGAGCCGGAGGAGGGUCUCGCUUGUCCGUGGCGCCCGGGGAUGGGUCCCCGCCGCGGCUGAGAGCCCCGGCGCCCGCCCAGCCCCUGUCUCCGCUCCGGCCGGCCAGUGAGCCGGGAGCCGCCUGCCGGGAGCAGCCAUGGCCGCGGCCAUCGCCAGCGGCUUGAUCCGCCAGAAGCGGCAAGCGAGGGAGCAGCACUGGGACCGGCCCUCGGCCAGCAGGAGGCGGAGCAGCCCCAGUAAGAACCGGGGGCUCUGCAAUGGCAACCUGGUGGAUAUUUUCUCCAAGGUCCGCAUCUUCGGGCUGAAGAAGAGAAGGUUGCGGCGCCAAGAUCCCCAGCUCAAGGGUAUAGUGACCAGGUUAUAUUGCAGGCAAGGCUACUACUUGCAAAUGCACCCCGAUGGAACUCUCGAUGGAACCAAGGAUGACAGCAGUAAUUCUACUCUGUUCAACCUUAUACCAGUGGGACUACGAGUUGUCGCUAUCCAGGGUGUAAAGACAGGGUUGUAUAUAGCCCUAAAUGGAGAAGGUUUCCUCUACACAUCAGAACUUUUUACACCGGAGUGCAAGUUUAAGGAGUCCGUUUAUGAAAAUUAUUAUGUAAUCUACUCAUCUAUGCUCUACAGACAACAAGAGUCGGGUAGGGCCUGGUUCCUGGGGCUUAAUAAGGAAGGGCAGGUCAUGAAAGGAAACAGAGUGAAGAAAACAAAACCAGCAGCUCAUUUUCUACCCAAGCCAUUGGAAGUUGCCAUGUAUCGCGAACCAUCCUUGCAUGAUGUUGGAGAAACAGUGCCAAAGGCUGGGGUAACUCCAAGCAAAAGCACAAGUGCAUCUGCAAUAAUGAAUGGAGGCAAACCAGUUAACAAGAAGGAUGGCAAUGAUGAACUGCAUGUAGUAGGCUAUGCGUAUCAAGAACUGUUGGUAUGUAUUACUAAAUUUACAUACAUAUAUGCAAAGAGUUUGUUUGCAUUGUACAGUUUGUGUUUAUUAUCAUUUGUUGUAUACACAGAGGCAACAUAUUGAAUAAAAUAUUUAUAUGAAGGCAUAUUGAAAAACAAAACAACUUUAUCUAACAAACAGAAUGUGCAAAAUACCAUUGCACUGGCCACAAUAUAGUGAAACCAUGUAGAUAGGUUGGCAAACUCAAUUCUCCCCCUUUACCAUGCCAAAGAGAAUUUUAGCUCCUUGAUAUAUUACCUCUCCUGCUGUUUUCCAGGAUAAGACUUCACCAUUUUGUUCCCUCUAAAAUUAAUUUUGCUGUUAAGUGAAAACUAUUUUCAACUGUCUGUUACUACUAAAGUACUGUAUAGUAAACCUGAUGAAUUAAUUUAUAUUUACAGAUUUUGUGUUUUGUAUUUCCAUGUACAGCAAUGUAUGCGACUCUACAGUAUGCCAGAAUUUUUGCAUGCUGUGCUUUGUAUUGCUCCUUCCUUUCUUUUUAUUUAAUCCCAGUGAGCCUGGUUUGCACAGUGAUCCAAAAAAGAAAUCCCAAUCUCUUCACUAUCUCACUAAUGCACAGGUAUGUUAAUAAUGCAGAUGAGCAUUAUCUUUUCAUUUUCCCUCUAAAACAAAAAGUUCAUUUUUAUUUCAGCAACAAUUUUAUCAAAAUAUCAGUCACGCAUACAUACACACAAAAUCCAGUUCUCGGUAGUUAUUUACAAAUUGAACAAAGCACUAUUAAAAAGUGUUAUCUAGAUGCACAUGAACCCUUACCAGCUUGAUCGUGUUUAUGAAAAACUAUAGUAGCUUCUACAGAAAGAUCACAAGUGCUUUCUAGCUCACUUAACACCUCUUUUGCUUCUUCAAGCAACGCUCAAAUCAACAUGUUUAUGUAUUGUCAUUUUUUCAUCCAUAUGAUUUGUAUAACAAAAAUAACCCACAAAAGAAUAAAAGGACCUUCUUUCGCAAUGUAUUUACCUGAAAGAAUCUUGUAAAGCUCAUAACUGUUUACACACAGAGGGACAAAUUCUCUGCUGCUGUAAUGUUAUAGCAGUCAAUCUAGUAGACAGAGAGUUUGGCCCAUGCAUUAAAGGUGUGUCUUGCUGAGCCAUCUCUUCUAUGGUACAAAGUAGAAAUAUUCAACUCCAUUCAGGUUAGAAAAAGUAGGAAAAUUAGACACAGUAAAGCUAUUAUGGUGUUGUUUAAAUGCCUCUUUGGAUAAAUUCGUGAUCUGUGCAAUACAUUUCAAGAUUUUUUUCAGGAUGUCUAAUGCAAAUGGUAUGAUUUAUUUUUUUAAAUGUAAUAAAAUCUUUGUUCUAGAGCCUAGUCAUAGAAAUAUUCAACUUAGCUUUAUUCAUCCCCAGACUAUAGUAUGAAAUAUAAUUUAGAUGUAAAGUGAGUCGCCAUUCCAGGAAGGAGGAGGGCAGUGCAUCAAAAAGACCAAGCCAGAGACAUGAUUAAAUCUCCAGCUCCAUGCCUCUGAAAGAGAGCUUGACCCUUUCUCCUUCCAGUAAUCCUUUCCCUUUGCUAAAUCAUUGAUACAAGCAAGACAGUGAAUAGCAAGUUGAUGUCUGAAACCCGAGAAGAUGUUAUAUAAAGUGGCCACAAUCCUGCAAACUGCUGAGAGUGCUCAGAAGUAGUACUCAGCACUUUUCAGAUGGUGCCCUUUUUAUCACAAGAAUGGAGAACUGUGUAUGUGUCAGUAUCAAACUCCCCACUUAUCUAACCAGCUUUCUCUUUCUGUAAUUACUGUUUGCCCAAGACCUGGAAGCAGUAACAUAAUUAAUAUAUGUGAAUUAGAUGGGAAAUAUUUUUCACUCCCUCACACCUCUUUUUACUUUUACAAUUUAGGCAGACAGUAUUUUCACAUACAUGGAACAAUAAUAUUUAUCUUCAAGUCUUAUUUUUAUAGCAAGGGUAUAAGCUGCAUAGAAGAUGUACUGAGACUCGUAUCACUGGUUUCAUCAGUAUGGGAAAAUAGAUGUUCAAGCCACACACACACACACAAAGAACAAAAAAUGGGAAAGAAAAUAGAUAUCCAUUACAUUUGGAGCAGUCUUAGUAAAUACUAUAUGGCUUAUAGCACAGUUUUGCUUUGAUAAUUUAUAUUUUACUUAAUCCCAGGCCCUAACUUUGCCAGAGAAUUUUAAAACUUUUUUUUUAAAGGCUAUAUUAAUCCAGUAGCUGAAAAUUAAAAAACAAACCUGUUGUGGAAAUGUUUAAAAGUUUGUCUUACUAGAAAUUGGAAUCACGUCUAUGCUUUUAGUUUACAAACUUAAAAGGCAAACAAACAAAAUCACAAAGUAAAAUAAAAUACAUAAAAUAUUACAUGACACGCAGAUAUCUGGCAAUUUAUGGCCUUACAGAGAAUCAUUUUCCAGUCUAGGAAUGUGGCUGCCUGAAAUAUCAUAGGUAAGAUACGGUAUUUAUAUCUUUGUUUGCUAGUUUGUUCAAAUGAUACCAAGUAUCUAUUCAAUCUAAACAACAUUGAUUUUCUACUUUGUUAGCUGUACAAAGUACUGUACAUAAAUGCGAGACAUAAUGAAGCUUGAUUUCCUUUUAUCUUUCAUUGACUCUGAAGUACCCACAUCUGUAAGACAUUUAUUACUAUAAGAGACUUCAGGUCUGUGUUAAUUUAUAUAUAAAUAACACCAACAAGCUUGUGAUCACCAGUCAAAGACUAGCGUUGGCAAAUGUUCAAAUGACACAUUAGGUAUUUCAAUCUCUGCACAACUUUAACGGUUACAACCAUAAAAUAUAAGAUGUGAUUUCAAAACUUGUUUUACUUCAAAGUUGGUUUAUGCUGUAUCAAUAUAUUUUAGAACUCUGCCUGAUAUUUUGGUUAUUUAAAGAGAGGCAGUAGCAGCUUUUGGGUAUAGUUGUCUCUGUGAAUGUGCAGAACUCCCAUUAAUAAGUUAUGCACAGACAUUUAGAGGUGACUGGAUUAUGUCUCCCUGAGAACAUGAGCUUUGAAAAGCUACAUAUUUAUGUUUAAAGCUACACAUUUAAAGAAAAUGAGGUCAGAGCAAGAGCAAGCUAAAUGGAGGGGAAAUGAUUGUUCAAAACCUUUCAAUAAGCGCACUUGAAGUUUUCACACUAUAACUGUUACAUGUUCUGUACUGUUGUAUUUUCCAAUUUAAAUAAUCAAUGUCCUUUCUAUAAGAAAACAAAUUUCUAGUGUAAUAAUGGAAAUACCUUUUUUCAGUUGCUACACAGGUUCCUUAUUUCUUAGUCUUGUAUCAAACUAAAAGCCUGAAACUUGACACCUAAAUCACAACAUAACAAUAUCAAAAUUUGAUAUUUUUUUGUGAUUUAAUGAAAUUUCACAAUAUGUAAUCACUUUUGAAAAGAAAAUGUACAUUUUUUUUCUCUGAAGAAUUUAAGGGCUGCCAAACCUACAUGUUCGGGGUUGGGGGGAAGAUUCAAAUGUAAAUAACUUAGGGAAGUCCCAAUAUAGUUGUGCAUUUUUCAUAAUUCAAUGUGAAUUUCACACUGAGCAGCAUUUCACCAUUGAUAAGAAAUGAAAAUUUUGUUCAUACCACUGCACUGUUUGUAUUUACUGUUUGUUUGAAAUCUGCAAUUAAAUUAUUUUGUUUCCAUCAUCUGAACAUCUUUCAUUGACAGCAGUGUGCACUAUACAAUG